GCGCAGAGCCUCAGAGCUGUUAAGGGACAAACUAACCGGCGUUAACUUGGCUUUUUCAACUCUGUCGCAGUGACAACAGAGCCGAAACCCUGGGUCCACUCCGUGCCAGGAGGGUUAAAGAAGUUUCACAGAAGCACAUCUCUUUAUUUGAGCAGCGCAGCAGCAGAGCAGAUGGACCAGGUAUCCAACCGGUCAGGAGUGGGCACUGAUGAUGUUUCAGAUGAGUUUACAUGGAGCUCUGAUGAAGAACAGAACUCUGACCCUCAGGGACAGUGUCUCGCUGCGCCACAGACUCCUCUGCCGACCUACAAACAGAGGUUUGAUGAAUUUAAGAAGUUGUUCAAAGAACUGCCGGAGUCAGAGAAGCUCAUAGUGGACUACCCAUGUGCCCUUCAGCGGGACAUCCUCCUUCAGGGACGCCUCUACCUCGCAGAGAACUGGCUCUGCUUCUACAGCAAUGUGUUUCGGGGUACAAAGAUCACACUGACUCUUAAAGACAUUGUGACUGUGACCAGAGAGAAAACAGCUCGGCUGAUUCCCAACGCCAUCCAGAUCUGCACGAGCACAGAGAAGUUCUUCUUCACGUCCUUCUCGGCAAGAGAGAAGAGUUACCUGGGUGUUUUCCGCAUGUGGCAAAACACGCUGCUGAACAAGCCUCUGACCAGCUUGGAGUUGUGGCAGAUGGUUAAACAGCAUUAUGGGUAUGACCUGGGCCUGAGCCAUGAAGAGAUGGAGAGUUUACAGCUAUCAGCAGAAUCAAGCACGCCGACCAGCCUGACAGUGAGGCCUGGUGGUGAUGAUGGUGGUAUAGGGAGGCUCGAGCGCCCUCCUUCCCUUCGCCUCAAUGGGAUGGAGCAUGUGCCUUUAGAGGCUUCCACUCCUCAAGGGGAGGACUUGCCUUCCCCCAUCGGCUCACAGAGCCCUCCCACUGCGCAGGAUGACUCUCGCAGCACCCCGUCUCAGAGGCGCAGCCCAGUUCCUUCGCUGGACCGCCUCGCUCCAGAACGGAUGUCCAAGUGCUCCUCGCUCUCUCUUGACCUCAACGCCAACGAGAAUGACGCGUCUGAGCAGAGCGGUUCAGAAAGCAUCGAGGAUGUGGAGGAGCGGGUGGGUUUGUCCCAGGUGCAGGGUCGACUUUAUCUAAACAAGGUGUUCCACAUCAGCGCCAGCAAGAUGUUUGAGCUGCUUUUCACCGACUCCAGCUUCAUCCGCAGGUUCAUGAACAUCAGGAAGACGACCAAUGCCAGCUCUACUGCUUGGCAAAAAGACGCCUUGGGAAACAUGAAGAGGAGUCUGAACUACACAAUAACCAUCAGCAACCCUCUGAUUGGCAAGUUCUCCACCGCAACAGACAACCAGACGCUGUACAAAGAAUCCAGGGAUGGUCAGUAUUACCACGUAGAGUCCGAGGUUUACACUCAUGACGUUCCCUAUCACGACUACUUCUACACGCAAAACCGGUACUACAUCAUAAGAAACUCGAAGCGGAAGUGUCGACUAAGGGUCUACACUGACGUGAAAUACAAGAAGCAGCCGUGGGGCCUGAUCAAGUCCUUCAUCACCAAAAACUCCUGGAGCGGCAUAGAAGAUUACUUCAGACAGCUCGAGAUGGAACUGCUGGAGGAGGAAGCAGAGAUGAAUCAAGGAGGUGGGGACUCUGGGAAGUCGGGUGGGCUUCGGAGGAGGAGGCGGACUUACAGCCGGACUCUGCCAGAGCACAUGAAGCCCAACAAGCAGUACGGGCAAGACCCUGAACAGCACAGAGAUGGCAACAUGGGCCCCAUAGAAAUGAACGGACCGCACAGAUGGAACACCACGACGAUAGUGGCUGGAAUGAGUGUGAUUCUGCUGAUUCUGACGGUGAUGAAUCUGGGUCUGUUUUUCAAGUUGUGGGCCAUGGAGGAUGUGGCCCACCGCAUGUACCUGAGCACAAAGCAUCGACUGAGGGAGAGGAGUGAGGCCAGCUUGGCCUCGGAAUAUGGGCCCAGACAGGGACCAGGGUUCAGGAGCCCAGAGGAUGCACAGCUGCUAAAAACUGUACUACAGGACUCCAUCAACCUUUUAGAACAGCUCCGCAGCUCCCUGCUGGUGCUGCAGCAGAACUUUGCGUUGGCCAAUCGCACAGCAGCACCACAGUGAUGCUUCACACUGGAGACUACACAGUGCCUGUCUCCAGCCCCGGAGGGGGGGGGGGGACAGGACUGCAGCAGUGAGCUGCCUCUGAGGAAAUCUCUGGUAUCCAGUGGCAUUGCCAUGUAGACGCGUCCCCAGACCCCUGACAUGCCGUGUGUUGCCAGGGGUUACACAUCCCAAAGCCUGUGGCGGGGCAUCAGGUGCCAGGAUGUUUUUAAACCUGCUGCGGGGACAGAGUUACAUCAGUCGGCUGCACACGGAGCAGCAGGUUUAGAUUUCUUUAGGGUGCUAUUGUCAGCUCCCUUGGCUGGCUUCUUUUUCACUCUUUACUUAAAUAGCAGCAUUGGAUUUUAGAAAACUCUUUACCUAUGUGUCGUCUUAUGUUCUUAUGAGCCUUGUGCCGCACCAGAUGAACUUUUGGAAAUACUUUUAUUUGCGUUUUAUUUCAGGGAAGUGAAUCAGUUAUUUAAAAGAACAAUUUUCUCUCUUUACAGUUUUGCACAUAUUUUAAUUUUUGCACAAGUGCCUUGUAGAUUUGGCCUGUUUAAAUAUAUUUUGGGAUUUUUAUUUUUUCCAAUAAAAUUGAAAGGAUCAGAGACUCUCUUUUGUAAUCAUAGUAAUUCAUCCUUUUUUGUGUAUGUAAACUGCGACAUUAAAUUUACAAAUUGCAAAUAAAAAAUAUAUGUAUAUAUUUUAUAAUACUGUAUAUGAGCCAAAUCUGGUGUACAGAUAUACUGCUGAUGGUGUGCCUUUCUUCAGACGACAUAUUUAAUAUACUUGAUUAAUUUUCUUCACUCACCUGUUCAUGUGUAAUCACAGUUUUAUGUGCUUUCUUUUUCUACACUGAACCAAGUAAAUAACUGGGUGUAAGGUCAGUGAGACUAUCUCAGGUUAUUGUAGUACUAUGUUGUCACACUGUCAACACUAGAUGCACGUUUGUUCUGUGAUUUCCAAAUUUACAUGAACACUAGUCUUUAUUUUCCCAAUUGUUGGUGACACGCCGCUUCAGUUGCCUUGAGCCUUGUUAGAUGUUUACAGUGUUGCCAUCACUCGUGUCUGUGCAUCUUUUUGUUCAUCUAUUCUUACUUAAAAACACUUCUGCAAGCAAUCCCUUGUUUAAAAUCGGUUCCUGUUUUGUACAUUUUUAGCAUAUUGUAAUUUUAAUAAACAAGAUUUCUUGCCAGAA